GUGAUUCUCCUGCCUCAGCCUCUUGAGUACUUGGGACUACAGACACCUGCCACUGCAUCUGGAAUCAUUGUUCCAUUUUAAACUUAACAUUUUUUAUUCCAUCUAGAAGUUAUUUUGGUGUAAGGACUGAGGAUUAUUUAAAAGGAGUCAGAGCGGCGGCGGCGGGUCAUGCGACACGCGGAUGCAGACGCAGGCGGAAGCGCCAACUGCGGGGAUAGCCAGGGUGACCACAGCUGCCCCGGUGGCGCAGACACAGCGGCAGCUCCAGCCGGCGGAGCUCCCCCACCUCACGCCUCAGGUCCUGGCAGAGACGCCACGUCUGUGGCCAGGGGGCCAGGAAUGCGGCCGCACAUAUUCACCCUCAGCGUGCUUUUCCCGACCCCCUUAGAGGCGGAAAUUGCCCAUGGGUCCCUGGCUCCAGAUGCUGAGCCCCACCAAAGGGUGGUUGGGAAGAAUCUCGCAGUGAGCGGCAGGAUCUUGGUCGUCCGCUGGGAAGCUGAAGACUGUCGCCUGCUCCGAAUUUCCGUUAUCAAUUUUCUCGACCAUCUUUCUCUGGUGGUGCAGACCAUGCAGCACUUUGGGCCCCCCAUUUCCCGCUAAGCCUGGUCUGGGAAAAUGGGGCGAGGUCUAACCUUGCGUCUCCUCCUAGGCAGUGCAUCCAUUCUUCCCUAGGGCAGGGAAUUCCCAUAGUUGCUACUUUCCUGGGAGGGCGUCAUGGUCAGCCUGUACUGGCCUUAGGAUACUCAGGGGCCCCUUGUUUCAUCUGGUUCUUAAAUGUUCGUUACCACAGAAAAUAAAACUGAGCUACUAUUA